CGAUACCCAAGUCAGGGGUCCAGGUAGAACACAAAUCACACCCGGGAGCCAGGCAGCAGGCAGACAUCUUUACUUCCACGAAGAAGGGUGGGGACACGUGGUCUGGAUGCAGGUGUACACCCAGCAGGUGGUCGCUCAGAUUUAUAACCUCUGACACCCGUGACCUGUCCCUUACUCUUGAUUGAAGCUCAGGCGCACAGUCUUUCACGAUUGGCUAAUACAAAGGGAGGGUUUUGGGCUCUGCUGUUUCGAGAUGGGGGCCCCCAGGGAAGCUGUAAGUCAUGCAGCCAACAUGGCAGCUGCCAAGCCACACAGUCCAACAUGGCAGCCUUCUCAACUGUUCUUUGACAGAAAAGAUGAUUUGUUUCUUCUCAUACAGGGCUGGGUGACCUUUGAAGACGUGGCCGUGUACUUCUCCUCGGAGGAGUGGGAGCUCCUUGAUGAGGCUCAGAGACGCCUGUACCACAGUGUGAUGCUGGAGAACAUGGCACUGAUGGCCUCCCUGGGUUGUUGGCAUGGAGCCCAGAAUGAGGAGGCCCCGUCUGAGCUCAGCAGUUCUUUACAAGGAGGGUCCCAGGUCAGGACUCCCAAGGCAGGUGUGUCUCCCCCGGAGGCCCAUCCUUGUGAGCUGUGUGGUGUGGACAUGAGAGACAUUGUGCACUUCACUGGGCACCAUGGGCAGACACUGUACAAGACGGGGGCCUGUGAGAAACAGUUGGAUGUUAGCGCGGAACUUGAGCAUCAGAAGCAGCACACGGGAGAGAUGUGCUUCGGAGGCCGCGUGGAUAGAGCCUCUUUUGGAAAGGACUGCAGAUUCUGUGUGUCAGGGCAACCCGAUUCUUGUGAGGCGGUUGUGAGGGACUUCCUGGCCAGCUCAAGAUUCCUCCAGCAUCAGGCCGCACACACCAAGGAGAAGUCAAACCGGGGAACUGAGUGCGGAACAGCCUCUCAUAAGGGAAGGACUCUGUCUGACCCAGAAUACACUAAAGAUUUUAAUUGCAAGCGCAAGCUUGAUCAGCACCAGAGGGUCCUCUCUAACGAAAGAGGCUACAAGUGCAGUGAAUGUGGAAAAUCUUACAGCAAAAGCUAUAGUCUGAAUGACCAUUGGAGAGUUCACACUGGGGAAAAGCCUUAUGAGUGUGGGGAAUGUGGGAAGUCCUUUAGGCAAAGCUCUAGCCUCAUUCAACACCGGAGAGUUCACACUGGAGCUCGGCCUCACAAGUGUGAGUUAUGUGGAAAAUUAUUUAGCAACAAGUCCAACCUCAUUAAACAUCGAAGAAUCCACACUGGAGAAAGGCCUUAUGAGUGUAGUGAAUGUGGGAAGUCCUUUAGUGAAAGCUCUGCACUCCUUCAACACCGGAGUGUUCACACAGGGGAGAGGCCUUAUGAGUGCAGUGAAUGUGGAAAGUUCUUUACCUACCACUCCAGUCUCAUAAAACACCAGAGAGUUCACUCUGGGUCCCGGCCCUAUGCCUGCAGUGAAUGUGGAAAAUCCUUUACUCAAAAGUCCAGCCUCAUUGAACACCGCAGAGUCCAUAGUGGGGAAAGGCCAUAUAAGUGCAGCGAAUGCGAGAAAUCUUUCAGCCAAAGCUCUGCGCUUCUUCAGCAUCGGAGAGUUCACACUGGAGAAAGGCCUUAUGAGUGCAGUGAAUGUGGGAAAUUCUUUACUUACAGCUCCAGUCUCUUAAAACACCAGAGAGUUCACUCUGGUUCAAGGCCUUAUGAGUGUAGUGAAUGUGGAAAGUCCUUUACUCAAAAUUCUAGUCUCAUCAAACACAGGAGAAUUCACACAGGAGAAAGGCCUUAUGAGUGUAGCCAAUGUGGGAAGUCUUUUAGCCAUAGCUCAAGCCUCAUUAAACACCGAAGAGUUCACACUGGAUAACGGACUUCUAUGAAAAAGAUGCAGGAGGUGGGUUUUGGACAUGGUGAUUCCGAGAUGUCCCAAAGGUGGAGGCGGCACAUGGACAACUAACUGGAAUCACAGGCUGGAAUUCCGGGGAGAGGCCCUGAAGGCUGAACUGAGCUUCGUGCUCAGAUUGGGAGAGCAGGGAAUCAGAUAGGCUUUACUCUCAGAUGGAUCCUGAAAUGAGGGAGAGUGAUGGGCCUGAGGGCAGAGCCUGAGUGAGAAUUCCUCAGCAGGGAAGGGUCUACAGGGGGGUCUGCCAGAAGGGAAAGCAGGUGGAGGUAAGGAGCCACGCCCGAAGAUAAUGGUGGGAAUUUAAAUCUGCACGGACUAAAGUUAAAGGUGUACGGCACUUUCACGAUUGAAAUUAUACAUUUGUGUAUUUUGUUACCUAUGUUUUCUUUAAAAGGCAGAUAAGAAACAUCACAUUUUUAACCACUAGGGCGGUUGAAGAUUUCCCAGCCAUCUCGGAGCUUCUCCAGCACCAGGCCCCUCUUAAGACCGAGGGGCCACACAGGGGCAGUGAGAUUUCACAGGAAGUUCUCAGUGGAAAAAGCCAUCACCAUUGGGGAGAAGGUGAAAAAGCUGCCAGCCACAGCCAGGAAGUUGUUCAUCAUCAGGGUGUCUGCUCUGGAGAAGUGAAUCAUAAGGGUAACAAAUGUGGGAAAGUUUUUAGACAAAUAGUUCACCUCAUUCGACAUAGGACAGCUUACACUGGGGAAAUGCUUUCAUGAGUGUAGUGCAGUGAUGGCGAACUGAGGAUGGACACCUGAGGCACAGUCAACUCCUUAUCGGGAUAGAGAUGUGCCUGCAACCAAGGUACAUGCCCUUGACAUGCGAACUCAUUUUUUUGGUUGAUUUUUCUUUGUUAAAUGGCAUUUAAAUA